UCUUCGAAACCAAUUUUUACAUUUCUCAAUUAAACAUGGCGCAUUACAAAGGUUGGAUACUUUGUACCUCUACGGUUUUCUUAUGUUUGGGUUUUGUGAACAUGUGUCUCUUUCCUCUUAUCCAUGCUGUUGGCGUCAAUAUAGACCACCAGACCAAUAAAGUUGUCAUACGUAACGGUAAACGGACAGUAUUGGCUCAAGUGCUGUUUUCUCUUAAUAACAUUUACGAAAACUUUCUAAUUCUUAGUUCACUGUUAUCGGAUUGCAAAUGUUGUGAAAGUUUUUCCGAUUGUGACAGAAACAUGGAGGAUGCUGCCAGAUUCCUGAAUUUAUCAACACAAAGCGAAAGGAUAUGUCACGAAUAUUCGCAAUAUGAGGAUAUGAUUGGAUCAAUGAUGUUGUUUGAAUCUCAGGAAAAGAUAUUAAUGCAGCCUGAUGUUAAUUCCCAAACAAUGGAGGAAGCUAAGGAUGAGCUCCGCAAAAUAAAGAACGAUUUUUUAGCAAAAAAUUAUCAAAUAAACGUAGACCACAUGAACCACUUAAUACAAGACAUAGUCAAUUUCAUCGAAAAUUGUGUUCCAUUUGUCACUAGGUUGUUUGGAGCCGACGAUUAUGCGGAUAAACAUCUAUUAUCAGAACGAGAACACGAAUAUUCGGAUUCUUUAGCAGGCUCCGACAGUGAUUUGUCGUUUAAAAUAAGUGAGUUCUCUGCCGCUAAAUUACGUCACCGAGAAGCAAACGAAAAAUGCCAGAGGGUUAAACAAGAAAUCCAAUCAGCAAUUCACUUAAGAAAGAAUGCUCUUUCACUUUUUGAAGAACAAGGUUUAUCACAUGUUGCUAAAGUGGAGAGUGAAUUAAAUGAUGCCCAGGUUACAUUGAGCGAGAAAAUGGUGGAAUUGGUCCAGGCCAUAGUGAGGCGACGCAAUGCUGUUAUAUCUAAUAUGGAUAAAAACUUACAUCUAGAAAGUCCUAUACAUGAAAGUACAGAUGGAUUAGAAGCAGGUACAUCAUACCAUUCCAAUGACAAUUCAGACCAAAUAUGCUUAUUGGAUAGCUGCAUUCAACUUGAGCAUAUUUUAAAACAAGUACGCCCAGUUGUUUUUAAAAUACUAUCCAUUACUGAAGCGUGGAAGCCUGACAAUGGGAUUUUUGAAGAUCAAUCAACGAGCCUUCUAGAACGCGUAACAACAAUCAAAUCUCAAGCCAAAGAUAUUGUUUGGAUAAUGACCACAUACGAGAUGAUACAUGAGGUUUUAGAUAAUUAUCAAAAUGAUAGGUUCAACAUAUCGAACACUAUGCAGUUUGAUGAAGAGGAUAAGAUGAAUGAGCGCAAAGCAACCUUAAUGAAAUGGCUCAAAGACCGUGAUUAUAUCAAACUAAUAAAAGGUUCCCGCAAAUUCCAACAGCUAUGUAACAAUAUAUUGAUGGGCUGUAAUUUGUUAGAACUAGAUGCAUAUGGACAUUCGAAACAUGAAGAACCUCCCAAGGACAGUGUGGAGCCCACUUCCACUGAAGAGAAUGAAAGCAAUCCCACCAGUGAACCAUUGCCUCCUAAGAAUGAUCUAGAAACCGAAACAGUGGAAGACUCCAAGGAUGAAACAAACAUUAUUGAAAAGGAUAGCUGUCAAGAAGCAGAUGUUAAAGCGAGUGACACACCUCCAUCAAUUGAAAACAUAAAUUCUUCACAAGAAAAGUAAAAUCUGUUAAUUACCAUAAUAAUAUCACAC